AGAAUCAUGGGCGAGCUGUAUAUAAUCUUUCGGCCCCCACCCAGGACCCCCAAAUCAAAACGCACCAAUCGAUCACGAUUCCCUAACAAAUAAUUAUCUUAAAAUCUGUUUCAAUUGGGACUAAGCAAUUCGAGUCUGGAAACAAUGACCGAAACAAAGGAAACAAAAUCGUUCUUGAGGCAGUACUGGGAAGAGUACAAGGAAUUCUGGGCUGAGAGAUUCUCAUUUCUGGAUAAUUAUUCAAGAUUUCUUCACCCUGAGAAGCCAUUGCCGCAUUGGGACAGCUCUGUUGUGGAAGAGUUUAUUGCAUCUGACCCCGUCCAUGGCCCCGUGCUUAAAACUGCCAGGGAAGCAGCUAAAUUUGGUGUUGUAAGUGCUGCAGUUGGAGCAGUUUCAACAGCUGGAUAUGCUUGGAGGUGGUCAAAGAGUCCUCAUGGUACUGCACUGUCGUUUGCUUUCGGAGCUGUAGUUGGUGGGACUUUUGGACUUGAAAUUGCUAACCACUGGCACCAGCUAUAUAGGUUGGAUACAAUGGGUUCACAGGUUAAAUUCUACGAGUGGCUGCAGAAUAGAGCUGGAGGGAAUUAUUAAAAUAAUCACAACAAGAAACUUUCUUUUCCGCAAUAAUCAUAAUAAUAAUAAUAACCCAUUGGAUGAGGAAUUCUUACUUGGAGUUUGUUUCACUAGUAAAAUGCACGGGCGUUGCUCGUGAGCAUAAUUGUACUUUUA